UACAAGCCCAUGCAGUUAUCGGGUGAUUGUCGGGAAAAGUCCAGAUAAUGAAGAUGUUCAUUCACCAAAACUCGAAAAUGGUCCUCUAGGGAUUGGAUUGAAAGACCCACUCCCGCCGAUGACGCAGUUUCACAGGCGGAGAUGCCGAGGCAGAUACGCUCUUUUUGCUCGGUCGCUGCAAUAUGAGGAGAUUAUUCCAGUCGAUCAGUCUAGAUCUGCUCGGUAUAAGAGUCCUGGCUUCCUGAUAUUGGUCUACUGUUCGUAUCUACCACAUCAGAAUCUGUACUCAGUGACAUUGGAUACGAUACCGCAAAUCAGUUCCGAUUUGAUAUCUCGAUCGCUUCUCGCUUGAUCGACUCAACUCAAAGCAAUAUUCUUUUGCGCUCCUAUCAAAGUAUAGAUAUACAUCAAGAUGACGGACGCAAACAAAGGCGCUAACAUCACCCUCUACUGGCUGGAGCAAUCCCGCUCCCAGCGCAUCGUCUGGCUCUUCGAGGAACUAGGCCUCACCUACAACCUGAAGACCUUCAAGCGCACAUCGGAGAUGCUGGCUCCUCCGGAGCUGAAGAAGAUUCAUCCGCUGGGCAAAUCGCCCGUCAUCACCAUUGAAACCGAGCAGUCAGAGAAACCGCUCGUGCUUGCCGAAUCGGGUAAUAUCACCGAAUACCUGUGCGACCAUUUCGGCGGCGAAAAGCUCAUCCCCAAGCGCUAUCCCGAGGGCAAGGAGGGCGUCGUCGGCGGCGAGACGGAGGAAUGGAUGCGCUACCGGUAUUUCAUGCACUAUGCUGAGGGUACUCUGAUGCCGUUUUUGGUGUUUCAGUUGGUUAUGGAUCGCAUGAAGGAUGCCCCUGUUCCAUUCUUCAUUAAGCCCAUCCCGAGGUUUGUUGCGUCAAAGGUUGAAGAGGCUUUCCUUUCUAGGAAUAUCUUUGGGAACUUUGAUUUCCUCGAGGAACGUCUGAAGACUGCCCCUGGUGGUGGACCGUAUCUCUGCGGACAGCAGUUGACCGCUGCUGAUAUUAUGAUGAGUUUCCCGCUUAUUGCGGCGUCGUUGAGAUUGCCGCUGAAGGAGAAGUAUCCGCAUCUGGCCAAGUAUGUGGAGAAGAUCCAGGCCGAGGAGGGUUACCAGAGGGCUGUGAAGAAGGUGGAGGAGGUUGAUGGGAAGUUCCAGGCUUCUUUGUGAGCUUCUUUUAUACUUCCAUGGGAUUCUGUUGCAUGAUUGAUAUGGUGAUGAUGAUAUUUUUGUAUGUUCAUACUUAUCUUUAUGAUCGUGCUGUAGUGCUUAAUUGAUAAUGUGCUUGAUUCUGUAUAUUCGAAUUUCAAUAUAAA